UGUAGAACUUUUAUUUUUCGUAUAUUUUAUAAUAACAUGUAUGUAAGUACAAGUUUAUUCACUUUCUGUUAGAAAAUCUAUGUGUGUUCUAUUGUUUUUAGCUUUUCCUGACUUUAACGACUUCACCUUGACUGCCACCGAUGAAAGUCGUAGUUAACUCAACGUUUCAUAUUAAUUUGUUAAAUGUAAAAACAAUUCAACAUAACUGAGUAAUCAUAUAAAAAUGAGAUAGAUCUCAUCGCUUUUCUAACUUGUUUACUUUAAAUAUUGAAAUUAGCCAUCGAUUUCGAAAAUCGUGUUCUUUACUACAUUCACUAAAUAUCGAAUACUCAAACGAGUCUCGUUUGAGUAUUGGACAAGACAAGAAAGCUCUGGACCAGCUAGAGGUGUAACACAGUGAACAAAACAACAAUAUAGAACUACAGAAAGAACAAUCUCCCGCGUACUAGUAUAUUUGUAAACUCAAAAAAAUGCCACGGAAGCCGUGCUACUGGACUCGAAAAUUAGAAUUAGAUUUAGUGGAGUUCGUACGGCAGAGAGAUUUUAUAUGGAAACCGAUUGGCAACACCAAUCAUCACAUUCAACAGAAGUACAAGGCGUACGCGGAGUUUGCCGCCAAAUUGGGCCGUGGUUUUACAGCUCGUUCAGUUAGAGAUCGCUGGGUGAAUAUAAGAAGCACCUUCAAUCAUAACCUCCGAAGAGUGGACAAGUCUAGAGAGACUGCCCAAAAUGUAGCUGAUAUCUAUGUCCCGUGCUGGCCAUUGUGGAAACCUUUGCAGUUUCUUCGUGAGGUGCCAAGGAAAGAAGAAUCUGGGAAUUAUCAAGCCAACACAUCACUUCUCAAUUUCAAUACCAUAGAUGUGAAAGAAGAGUUGCAAUCAGACUUUGAUGAUGGUGGAAUACUUAAAAUUCGGCAGAGAGGCCAAAGAACUAACAGACCUAGGCAUGUACCAUCAAAAAACAAAAAAGUUAACAAAAAUAAUAAAUGCAAACAGUUCAUAGAUGAUUUAGUAAGGACUAUGGAACCACUGAACAAUGAGAAUGAACAUCAAUUUCAAAGUUACUUCUUCUUCGGUAAGCAUAUUACGGAGAGACUGAAUUCUAUGAGGGACAUUGAUGCGGAGUGUGCUGCUCGUGAGAUUAUAAAUCUUUUGGAUACUUGGCCUACACAUGAAGAAACUUGAAAUUCAAGUUUAUAAUGAAGACAGACGAAGACCAUUCAAAAUGGA